UAAAAGUGCUCCACUAGAGUUUGACCUUAGAGAUGAUACAGACGGACACAUUGUAGCAUUCCUGUCUGCUCCUUCAAACGUUCCUUUGUCCACAUAUAAUACAUGUGAAAGAACAGAAUUUAGAAAGUGCUUUGAUCUGUAAUCACACAAAAAGAGCAAAAUGAAGUCAAAUCGUGGUGUCGAGCUGCCAGAGGACUUCUGGAUACCCAUGAGUCUGGACACCAACAACAUCACAGCAUUCAGCCCUUUCCUAGUUCCCCAGGAUCACUUGGGGGGCUCGGGCAUCUUCUACGCAAUGGCAGGAUUUAUGUUUUUCGUAUUUGUGGUGGGCACCAGCAUCAACACCCUCACCAUCGCAUGCACCGUCAAAUACAAAAAGCUGCGGUCCCACCUUAACUACAUCCUGGUGAAUUUGGCUGUGGCGAACCUUCUUGUAUCCUGUGUGGGCUCCUUCACUGCCUGCUGCUCCUUUGCAACCAGAUAUUUCAUUUUUGGAGCGCUAGCAUGCAAGAUUGAAGGUUUUAUGGCAACACUCGGAGGUAUGGUCAGCCUGUGGUCUCUGGCUGUGAUAGCUUUUGAAAGAUGGCUGGUCAUCUGCAAGCCCCUUGGUAACUUUGUUUUCAAGCCUGACCAUGCUAUAGCUUGCUGCAUAUUCACCUGGGUGUUUGCACUUAUUGCCGCACUUCCUCCUCUGUUUGGAUGGAGCAGGUACAUCCCGGAGGGUCUGCAGUGCUCCUGUGGACCAGACUGGUACACCACAAACAACAAAUACAACAAUGAAUCCUACGUGAUGUUCCUCUUCUGCUUCUGCUUUGCUGUUCCCUUUGUGACCAUCAUCUUCUGCUACUCACAGCUGCUAAUCACACUGAAAAUGGCAGCGAAGGCUCAAGCGGAGUCUGCCUCCACCCAGAAGGCAGAGAAGGAGGUGACCAGGAUGGUGGUUCUCAUGGUGAUGGGCUUCCUGGUGUGCUGGAUGCCCUACGCUAGCUUUGCCCUUUGGGUCGUGAACAACCGAGGGCAAUCGUUCGACCUGAGACUGGCCACCAUACCCUCCUGCUUCUCGAAGGCCUCUGCAGUCUACAACCCUGUCAUCUACGUCCUCUUCAAUAAACAGUUUCGUUCCUGCAUGAUGAGGAUGCUGGGGAUGGGAGGAGGUGAGGAGGAAUCAUCAACAACACAGUCAGUGACUGAAGUCUCCAAAGUUGGGCCUGCUUAAAAACUUCUCACCGAGAAGACUUAUUUCCCUGCCACUGAUGAUUUGUCAAUUGUAAAUAACAAUGGAUAUGUAUAAGUAUGUUUUGUCAUGAAAAAUGUGUGAGCAAUGUUGUGAUUUAUGUAAGAAAUCAUAAUUAAUCUGCAAAGUAAAAUAAACAAAGAAUGGAAACAUA